AUGGGCACAAUGAUAAAGAAGAAAAUCGGAAAUUCAAGCCCGAAUAAUACCAAAAGUAUGAAAAGGAUGUUAAAGCCAGUUAUAGAGAAGAAAAGACGAGACCGAAUAAAUCAGAGUCUUAGCGAGCUAAGGAUUUUGUUACUGAACUACAAAUUAGAUUCGCGUUUACAGAACCCCAAACUGGAGAAAGCAGAGAUUCUAGACCUGGCCGUGGAAUAUCUUCAAAAAAGGACAGACAAACAAAGCAUAAGCAAUGAUUGUUCCAGCCAGGCUGUGUGUGGGCCGAAGGAGGUGCAGCAGGUUAUUCACAGUGAGGUCUCCAUGGCAGACGUCCCCAGUCCCCCAGCAGCAGCAUACUCCAGGUCUGCUCUCCCUGCCAUCUACACCGCAGGCUUCCAGCAGUGUGUCUCUCACCUGGCUGGCUUCAUGGGCAGCAGCAGCCCCUUGGAGAGAGAGGGCUUCAUCCUCCUCCAAGGGCUGAAGAGCUACAUAGACAGUCAGUGCCCAACCACAAACACCAGUACAGCCUUGUACCCAUCCAGUCAGUACCCAACCACAAACACCAGUACAGCCAUGUACCCAUCCAGUCAGUACCCAACCACAAACACCAGUACAGGGCAGCUGCAGUGCCCAUCCUCCUCGUCAUUAACAGACAUCCAUCUGAGGUCAGGUGGUGAGGAGAUGGCUCAUUGGGCGGACAUGGUGCCUGUGAGAGAGGGAUGCCGUCCCUCUAAACAGGGGGCAGUUCUCUGCCCCCGCAAAUCCACUUUGUCGACCACCCACCAUUCUUCCUGCCAACCAAAUGACCACUCGUACCCCUUGUCACCUGACUACCUCUCCCCACCUCUGUCUCCUUGCCUUUCUUGUUCUUCUUCGGUUUUCACCACCCCUCCUCCCUACUUCUCGUUUCCCUGUCACUUUAGUUUCCCUCCUAGCCUGUCACCUAUUUCCUCCAACCCCUCAUCCUGCUCCGGGUCCCCGUCGCGACAUAACGUCCCUUCUCCUCCACUUGGUUUUUCACCCACCCUCCCUCUCUCAAGGCCUCCCACCCUCCCUCUCUCAAGUCCUCCCACCCUCCCUCUCUCAAGUCCUCCCGGCCUCCCUCUCGUCCCCUUUCCCUCCCAUAUGUCUCUAUGGUCCCCUGUGCCUGCACGAAGGCAAGAAUUAUUUAUUAGCUCCACACACUGGAGACCCUGGUAGAAAGCCAGGUGAGCGUCAACUGACAGAGGGACUAUGAAACAGUUCAACUGGACCAACGUUAGAGAAACUGACAAGAGGAGAGAGCCACCUGGUGGAGAUCAUGGAGGUAACCUGAACAUGACCCUGCUG